AUGUCUCUCAACCGCAUCGGGAGCAUCGAGACGCUCACAGACCUGAAUUCUACCGACCGGCAGGACUUCUUCGGGGAAGAAGAGCCCGAAACUCUGGCUUCUCCUACAGAACGGAAGCCAGCCCCGAAGCCAUUAGGUGACGAGCCUGUGAGUGCAUUCGACGUCUCACCAUGGAUGAGAUAUUUACAAAUCGGGACGGCCGUCGUCUACUGUCUCUUCGCAGCUGGUGUUGUAUUUGGCUACGCCGCCAUCAAGCCCGUGUUCAUACGCGAGGGCGCAUACAGCAAUAUAUGCCCAGAGAGCGACGACGACACCUGCGUCGAGAUUCAUCUCAACCUCAUGUUCACAGUCGCAGCUGUUGGCACUAACCUUGCCGCUCUGCCUGUGGGGGCCAUUCUCGAUAACUUCGGACCACGCGUCUGCGGUAUCCUGGGCAGCGUCUUCUUGACACUUGGAGCACUUCUAUUGGCGUAUGCGCAAGAGCUACCAUUUGACGCCUACCUGCUUGGCUACCUGCUUCUUGCUCUUGGCGGUCCCUUCACCUUCAUAUCCUCUUUCCAGCUAUCCAAUGCUUUUCCUCGCCACUCAGGCCUUAUCCUUGCGCUACUGACGGGCGCUUUCGACUCGUCGAGCGCAGUCUUUCUAGUCUAUCGCAUCAUCUACAACGGCACGGACGGCCAAUUUGACCAAAGUCGGUUCUUCCUGGUGUAUCUGGUCGUCCCUGUGUUCAUCGUUACUGUCCAGCUCCUGUAUAUGCCUGCCAAAUCAUACAAGACGGUGGGCGAACUGGUCGACCAGGCGGAUGAAGCACAAGCGGCCAACGACAGUCAAACGUCGAGCACCUCCUUUGAUGAUCAGGUGACGGAGGAAACCGCCCUUCUACGCAAUGAGCGCCGUCAGUUGCAGAUUGAGCAGCGCCAGGAGCGCGAGCACAUUGUGGACGAGGUUGAGUCUCUGCUUGGCUCCGUCACAGCCGAUGACCUGGUCGAGGAGGAGCAACGCAAAAACACAACCUCGGGCGUGUGGGGUGUCAUGCAUGAUAAGACCGUCUACGAGCAGAUCACAUCGCCUUGGUUCAUCUUGAUCUGUCUCUUCACCGUCAUACAGAUGACGCGCAUCAACUACUUUGUGGCGACAAUCAGGCCGCAGUACAAACACUUGCUCGGCGAUGCGGACAGAGCGGCGGAGAUCAACAACUUUUUCGAUAUCGCCCUCCCAGUGGGCGGCAUUUUUGCCAUUCCCUUUAUCGGCAUCAUCCUCGACCACACCAGCACUGUUGCCGUUCUGUCUGUCUUGGUGUCGAUUGCCAGUCUGAUUGGUGUUCUCGGCGUCCUUCCGUACGCCUGGGCCGCGUAUGCCAACAUCACCCUGUUUGUGCUGUAUAGACCGUUCUAUUACACGGCGGUGUCGGAUUACAGCGCAAAGGUGUUCGGGUUCCGGACGUUUGGAACUGUCUAUGGGUUGAUCAUCUGUCUCUCCGGGUUGCUGAAUCUGUCCCAGUCGGCGCUGGACUUGAUGUUCCACAAGACCUUCCACGGGAACCCUGUGCCAGUCAAUCUGAUGCUGCUGGCUGCUGGCAUGGUUGUGGGCCUGUCCUUGUUGGUGUUUGUCGCUGUGCAGGUGCGAAGAAGACAGUAG